UUUAUCAGUUGAAAGACUCAACAAAAUACGUUAUGUAUGUGGAUGUUAUUUCACUGUUGAUCAGUUUCGAAAUCCAUCCAAGAAGAAAUUCAAGGAUACAGCUGUACCAUCUAUGUUUCAUUCACAAAUUGUUCCUCUUGACGAUGAUUUUUUGCAAAAUUUCCCAUAUCCUCAAGCAGUCAAGAGUACUCUCCUCCCCACAGAAGCCAAAAGAGUUUCCAUACGUGAGGAAGAUUUGAGGGCGCUCUAUGCAGGAGAAGUACAUCUCAAUAAAAUUAAAAAAUCAUCAGUUAAUUCCAAACGUUCAAGGGAAACUCCAACACCAUUACCAAUGGCAAAACUUGAAGUGUCAAGAGAUGGACAAACAAUUCAAUGUACUCCUUGCAACCAGCCACCACCGAACGUUGAAAUCGAACGUAUUGAUGACUCUGAAAAUAUCCCUCCACUAGUUAAUAUUGAGAUUGUAAACGACGUGCCUGUCCACACAUUUCUUGCCAGAAAUGACCUGAUGAUACCUCAUCAGGUGAUAUCUUCAUGGAUACAGCACCAGUCAGGGUCCUAGUCGAUGAUCAACCAGGAUGCUCACAUGACAAUGCUCAAAAGCCAGCGAUCUCGAAACAAGUCCUGAGUGACAAUUUAUCCUAUGAUGAAAUCACCGAAGUGAUUGAUCCAUCAACAUCAUCAGAGACGCCCAAAAAAAGAGCAGCGACAAGAGAAACGAAUCCACAGCAAGAAGGAGGGACCUCGAAUCAUACACCGCUGAAUGAAGAAACACCUAAACGAGGGAUAAAACGACGUCAUAGACCAUCUGCAGUAAGGAGCUGCAAAGCAGUAAUUCCUAGUGACGGGAAUUAUGGAAUAACUAUUAUUGUAACUGGAGAUGUCGAGGAAGAAUGCAUCACGUUUGAAGUGGAAAAUUCAUAUAAAAAAGGAAUUGUGAUUACAAAAAUUAGGCAGCUGAUUGAUGAACUCGACGAGAGCCUUAAUGUUCUUGGCAUCAGAAAAAUAAAUAAUGAAGAGCAAAUUCAGUGAUUGGAAGUGAAUUAUACAUAUGAAAGUUUACAUGCAAAACGAAUUUCUGUAUAUAUCGAUCGUUAUAAAACCAUAGGAGCUGCCUGGAGAAUCCUCAAAAAUUAUUUUCCAAAGGCUGCUGAGUACCCUGUUGGCACAGACUCAUGUAUUAUUUUUUGUCAUUCCGGCCGUAAGGCAGACAUUCACGGACGCGGAGCGAA